AUCAAUAAACAAUAUACUGUUAACAACACUAGUCGUUAUGGGACUUAUCUAUUUAGGACCGGUAUCUACAAUGGAUGUCAAGUUUGAUUUUGUCAGUAUAUUCAAACAAAAUGGCUUAAACCAAAUGGCCGACGAGUUUCAUCAACAAUUGGAUGAAUUGGGCGCAGAUUUACGUCAAUUUUUCAACGAUUUAGCCGCCGAUCCCAUCGACGAUCUGGACUAUGCCAUUGGCCAGGAUGUCGGUAAAGUGGUUACCGUAUUAUACGACGAUGUAGUACUGCUUGAACAUAGUCUACGUAAAGCUGUUAGCGAUAAAUUUGCCGUCAAUUUGACAACAGUUGCCAAACUGUUAGAAAAACUUAACUCAAAUAUCAAACAAGUAUUUGAACCGCGAAUCAGUGGCCAUAAUCGGCCGAAUCAGUCUAUCUAUCGUAAGAAUAAUACUAUGGGAUCAAUGUUUCAACAAUUGUCUGUCUCAUUGGGCAAUGAACUGACCAGUGAAUUGAGGCCUAAUUUUGGUCGUAUGUUAUGCGAACUAUACAGGGAAUUGGGUCUGGCUUUUGAUGAGGCAUUGGAUGAACAAUUGAAUAGAUUGUCACCACCCGGUGCUGGUGGUAGAGCUCAGUUACCUGAAAAAUAUCAAUAUCUUAUUCCGAUUAUUGUCUUCGGCCUUAAUUUCGGACAAAUAAUUGAUAGCCUAUUUGUGACAUAA